AGACGGCGAUACUGUGAAUGCAACAUCUUGUAGUACCAGCUGACGACUACAGACAAAAAGGGCGCGGGAAAUUUGGAAAUGGCGGAGUACAUAACCAGUGAGGAGGAGGCAAUGUCUCCCUCCUCCCUCAAGCUGUACGAGGCACAGUUCUUUGGUUUCACCCCUCAGACCUGCAUGGUGAGAGUAUACAGUGCCUUUCAGGACUGCCUGAAUGAAUUGCUGCUUGUCGUAGAAGCAGUGUUCGUGAGAAAACUAAGCGGGACUGAACCAAAUGGAGAGCAACUACGUUUAAGGGCAAGAGAAUGCACCCAAAAGUUGCAGAUAUUCCUUCAGGAACGCUUCAAGCGUCUGUCUGGUCGCAUGGAAACCGUUUUGGUCAACAACGUCCUCUCAGUCCCGCCUAAUGUGUUGCUGCCUGACGACCAGCCACACAAAAAGUACCCUCAACGUUUAGAGGAGGUUCUUAAGCUGGAGUCUUCCUUGGCGGAGCUGCAACAAGCGUACCAAGUGGAAGUGUGUGCCAGGCAGGCCUUGCUGGCUGAACUUGAGGAGCAAAGAGAGGUCCAAGAGCAGCUGGAUGGGAUCCUGAGAUGGAUUGGAGAACUACAGGCAGCAUGGAUGAAGGACGGAAUGGGCAGCUUUCACAACAGCUUCUGUGUGAUGAUGCAGUCGGUCAAGAAACUGCAGGCUGUCAUUGGAGAGAUCAAUAAGAAAAGCAAAAGACUGGAUGAGGACUCGUCAGUAGGAUGGACCCACAUGGUGUAAAAUACUUGUUAGUGGUGUUGUGAGAAGGGUAGGUUGCAGGUGUGGCAAAAUUCUGACUUGGAAUAGCGCCCUCUGUCAGACAUAAGACAAAUAGAAUUCUAUGCCUUUUGGAUGUAUUAACAAUUAUACAAUUUGUCAGACACAAGUCUUACAAACAAGAAUGUGAGCAGUUUUUAAACCAUAAUUCAUCUUUGGUUUGAUACAUUUACUUUUUGAUGGUUUUCUAUACAUUCAAAAUAUAUUAUCCACAAUUUGAGUAGUAAGAGGCUCAAGCAGUUAUUAUUAUUUUUUUUUUAUCUCCCAGUCUCAACUCCGGAUCUUUGAAAAUCAUUUUUUAUAAAUGUAUGUUAAUUAGUGAAUGAACUUUGGAGCCAUAGUCACCACAAGGGGGAAGCAUUGGUUUGUUAUUGCCAUCUCAAAUGUAAAUUGACCUAGCAGUGCCAUUGUACAGUGUGAAUUAUUUUUGAUAUUUUUGCCUUAAUAUCUUUUUGGCAAAAUCAUUAUAAAUGUACAACACUUUAAUAAUUUUGAAUGAAUAAAAGUGUAAUUGUGCAAUCGCAUCUGAUUUAAAUCCGACAUCAUUUAAAUCAUUCCAAUCCUUUCUCAUCAUGGUCUCUCUGUCAGAUGCAGUCUUGUCUGUGAUAUCUAAUGCUGUAUGAUGUUGACUGACUGAUAAAUAGCUGGUUUGACAGUGGGCUGCUCUGACAGUAUGGUCUUGGUGGGAGUCCCAGCAGUGAUCAUACAGUUGUGUGAUGUCCAUGGCUGGAACCCCAGGCUCCAUAUUCACAAAGGGUCCUUCCUGUUAAUGGAUACCAGGCUAUAAUUACAUUCCUAUGUUUAAAAAGUACAGUAAAAACACAUUUAAUUGAAUGUUGGCCUACAUUUUACCAGCAGAGAGUACAUUCAAAUAGGUGUACAGAUUUCCAUCCAAACAAGGCAAUAUGCAUUGGACAUCCACCAUGUUCUGGUGCUGGGGACAUGCUGUAAGAAGAGUUUCUGUUCACAAAAUUAUUUUUUUCUUUUCGGUAUGUCCAGAUGCACAUUUACAUGCAUGCACACAACCCAAUUCUAAAUUCAUUGUAUAAUUAUUUGAAUCAAUUGUUAGCCUGUUGUGGUGGAUCCAGUCAGGUAACAUCAAAGUAGCAUAACAUGUCUGUGAAGUCGGGUUCCAGCCUUUUCAUGCUCAUAAUUAAACAUGAGACGUAUGUCUGGUUUCUUUUGAUUUCUGACGCCUUGGGAUACUUUUAGCUCAAUCUCUUCAUUCAAAGACUCAAUCAUGGACACUCCUACUGACAGUUGUGGCUGCUUUGCGUAAUGUAUUGUUGUCUCUACCUUCUUUGUGCUGUUGUCUGCCCAAUAAUGUUUGUACCAUGUUUUGUGCUGCUGCCAUGUUUUGUUUCUACCACACUGUGUUGUCAUGUGUUGCUGCCUUGCUAUGUUGCUGUCUUAGGUCUCUCUUUAUGUUGUGUUGUCUCUUGUGAUGUGUUUUGUCAUUUUAUUUUAUUUUUUAUCUCAGCCCCCGUCCCCACAGGAGGCCUUUUGACUUGCCUAGUUAAAUAAAGUUCAAAUAAUACUUUCACAUCUUAGUCUACUCAGCAUAUCAAUUUUGUGGUUUAUUAUGUAUGAAUGUUCCACAGCCACCUCACAAUUCCAAGACGUCUAAAAGCACUAAGUAUUUAUCCGAUGCAGUAGAUGUGAGUAUGCACAAUGGAAACUUAGAUCACAAAGAAUUGGUACCGUCUGAAAAAUGUAUUACAUUUUUGCCAAAUUUCCAUACAACUAUUGUGAAUGUUAUGGUACAUAGAGUAUACUGUACAGUAGUUCUGCUCUCCCAAAAAGUGACAUGUCUUAGAAGUAGUGCUGCUGGAGGGCUAGCACAGCCUGAGCAGAAUAAAAAGGAUGAGAGCAGUGAGGGGUCUGAAUAUGGGGGAGGGGGGACUGGGUUAGCAGCCCCACCCUCUCUCUCUCUCUUUCAUCUCUCUCUCCCGUUAAAGCCAAAGCAGCAGGGGGGCACCCAAACGAGCCCAAGGAUGCAGGGAUGGAGCCUCUCAUCAGUAGGGUGGAAUGGGAAGACUGGACCGGCUGCCUACUGUAAGCCCACCUUUCUCUCUCGUUCCUUCUUCCUCUCUCUUCAAUCCCCUUCUUUCCCAUUCCCUCUUUGCAUCUCCCCAAUCCCCCUCUCUCCCUAGCCUGCCACUCUUGGAUUACACUGGGGCUCAAGUCCACUGAUAAAUAACUUAUCUUUCUUUUUCCACCUUCUCACUCAGCCAGGACACAUUGCUGACAGGGCUGCAGAGUAGCAGCUAUCCCUGAGUGGGCCCAAAAUAGUUUUUCUGUCAGAUAGGGAGCCAGUGAGUGAGGCAGGAGGGCAAUGUUAAUGAAGUUCAAUCUGGGAUGGGGUGAUAAAGAAGGGUGGAGUGGGGGAAGAGAGACCCCAUUAGUUUAGUGAUAGAGUGAGAGCUCUUUCUCAGUGCAAUGGGGGAUACAGGGAUAAUGCUGAUUUGAGUAUGUGCAGGUUUGCUUGGUGCCCUUAUUACUCUUGAAUUGAACUCCUCCUAAUUGUCCCUAGAAUUUCUAAGCAAAAAGCGGGAGGCAGGGCUUUCUCCUAUAGAUCUCCAUUUUUAUGGAAAAGUCUGCCUACCCAUGUGAGAGACGCAGACUCGGUCUCAACCUUUAAGUCUUUACUGAAGACUUAUCUCUUCAGUAGGUCAUAUGAUUGAGUGUAGUCUGGCCCAGGAGUGUGAAGGUGAACGGAAAGGCUCUGGAGCAACGAACCGCCCUUGCUGUCUGCCUGGCCGGUUCCCCUCUCUCCACUGGGAUUCUCUGCCUCUAACCCUAUUACAGGGGCUGAGUCACUGGCUUACUGGUGCUCUUUCAUGCCGUCCCUAGGAGGGGUGCGUCACUUGAGUGGGUUGAGUUACUGACGUGAUCUUCCUGUCUGGGUUGGCACCCCCCCUUGGUUUGUGCUGUGGUGGAGAUCUUUGUUGGCUAUACUCGGCCUUGUCUCAGGAUUGUAAGUUGGUGGUUGAAGAUAUCCCUCUAGUGGUGCGGGGGCUGUGCUUUGGCAAAGUGGGUGGGGUUAUAUCCUUCCUAUUUGGCCCUGUCCGGGGGUAUCUUCGGAUGGGGCCACAGUGUCUCCUGACCGCUCCUGUCUCAGCCUCCAGUAUUUAUGCUGCAGUAGUUUAUGUGUCGGGGGGCUAGGGUCAGUUGGUUAUACCUGGAGUACUUCUCCUGUCUUAUCCAGUGUCCUGUGUGAAUUUAAGUAUGCUCUCUCUAAUUCUCUCGUUCUCUCUUUCUCUCUCUCUGAGAACCUGAGCCCUAGGACCAUACGUCAGGACUACCGGGCAUGAUGACUCCUUGCUGUCCCCAGUCCGCCUGGCCUUGCUGCUAUUCCAGUUUCAACUGUUCUGCCUGCGUUUACGGAACCCCUACCUGUCCCAGACCUGCUGUUUUCAACUCUUAAUGAUCGGCUAUGAAAAGCCAACUGAGAUUUAUUCCUGAUUAUUAUUUGACCAUGCUUGUCAUUUAUGAACAUUUUGAAAAUCUUGUCUCUCUCUAAUUUUCUCCUUCUCUCUUUCUUUCUCUCGGAGGACCUGAGCCCUAGGACCAUACGUCGGGACUACCGGGCGUGGUGACUCCUUGCUGUCCCCAGUCCGCCUGGCCUUGCUGCUAUUCCAGUUUCAAUUGCUCUGCCUGAAGUUAUGGAACCGCCACCUGUCCCAGACCUGUUGUUUUUCAACCCUUAAUGAUCGGCUAUGAAAAGCCGACUGAAAAUUAUUCAUGAUUAUUAUUUGACCAUGCUUGUCACUUAUGAACAUUUUUGAACAUCUUGGCAUAGUUCUGUUAUAAUCUCCACCCGGCACAGCCAGAAGAGGACUGGCCACCCCUCAUAGCCUGGUUCCUCUCUAGGUUUCUUCCUAGGUUUUGGCCUUUCUAGGGAGUUUUUCCUAGCCACCGUGCUUCUACACCUGCAUUACUAGCUGUUUGGGGUUUUAGGCUGGGUUUCUGUACAGCACUUCGAGAUAUUAGCUGAUGUACGAAGGGCUAUGUAAAAUAAACUUGAUUGAUUGAUUGACCUGCGCACAAUGAGAAGAGUGACUCUUCAGGGGUGACAUUUUAACAUCCCAAUCUAUAGUGCCACUAUGAUUGGUCUUGAAUGUCAUGAUAUGCAAGGAGGGUAGUAUGAUCAAUAUUGUGGGUCUAGUCAGAGGCUUCUCUAUGGUUGGCUAGGUCUUAUGCUGAUGUAGCUACAGAAAUUAAAGCUUUAUUUUCAGUUAAAUUGCAUAAUGUGAAUACUGACAUAGUGAAGUAACUCAAAUGUGAUUCAGAGAUCAAAAGAAUUUGACUUUAUUUGAACAGUGGUGUAAAGUACUUAAGUGAAAAUACUUUAUAGUACUACUUAAGUUUUUUUGGUGGGGGUGUCUGUACUUUACUAUUUAUAUUUGCCGUGACACCCAAAAGUACUCAUUACAUUUUCAGUGCUUAGCAGGAAAAUGGUCCAAUUCACACACUUACCAAGAGAACAUCCCUACUGCCUUUGAUCUGGCGGCUCACUAAACACAAAUGCUUCGUUUGUAAAUGAUGUCUGAGUGUUGGAGUGUGCCCCCGGCUAUUGGUAAAUAAAAAAAAAAAACA